AUGCUCUCAGGCGGGGAGAUGGCGAAGAUCAGGGUGGCGUACGAGUACACCGAAGCGGAGGACAAAAGCAUCCGGCUGGGCUUGUUCCUGAUCGUCUCCGGCAUCGUGUCGCUUUUCAUCCUGGGCUUCUGCUGGCUAAACCCGGCCCUGCAGGACUUGCAAGGCAAAGCGGCCAACUGCACGGUGCUGUCUGUGCAGCAGAUCAGCGAGUUCUUCGAGUGCACCUUCACGUGCGGCGCCGACUGCAAGGGCACCUCCCUGUACCCCUGCCUUCAGAUCUACGUCAAUAACUCCGAGUCCAACGCCCGGGCGCUGCUGCACCAGGAUGAGCACCAGCUCCUCGCCAACCCUAAGUGUUCCUAUAUCCCUCCCUGCGAAAGAGAGAAUGAGAAAAACACUGACACCGUAACACACUGGCAAGUUUUUUGGGAAGAUGAAGUUGGCUCUCAACCUUUUACAUGUUACUUCAAUCAACACCUCCGACCAGAUGAUGUACUGUUACGACGCACACACGAUGAGUCGGUCCUUUUGCACUGCUUCCUUUGGCCAGUGGUUACGUUCCUGGUUGGAGUCCUAAUUGUGGUUCUGACCAUAUGCGCAAAGAGCCUGGCUGUUAAAGCGGAAGCAAUAAAGAAGCGGAAGCACUCCUAA